UGCCAUCUUGGCCCCCGUGCAGGCCUGCUGGGAACAGGACUUCUAAAAGGCAUAAAUAUGUCUGGGAGGCUCUGGUGCAAGGCCAUUUUUGCUGGCUAUAAGCGGGGUCUCCGGAACCAAAGAGAGCACACAGCGCUUCUUAAAAUUGAAGGUGUUUAUGCCCGACAUGAAACUGAAUUCUAUCUGGGCAAGAGAUGUGCUUAUGUGUACAAAGCAAAAAACAAUACAGUGACUCCUGGUGGCAAACCUAAUAAAACAAGAGUCAUCUGGGGAAAGGUAACUCGAGCCCAUGGAAACAGUGGCAUGGUACGAGCCAAAUUCCGAAGCAACCUUCCUGCCAAGGCCAUUGGACACAGAAUAUGUGUGAUGCUGUACCCUUCAAGGAUUUAAGAAAAGUCAAUAAAUAAAAGUGUAUUUGUG